CAUUCCAUCUAAUGUAAAAGUGAAUAAAAAUUAAUUAAUUUAGUUUUCAGUAGUUUAUAAAUAUUGGCCAAGCCUGCCGCCCACAGCACCAACAUGACUGAAUCAACAAAGCCAUUGCUGGGCUCGUGCUUAGCCAUUGUUGCGGUUCUUCAUGUCCUUUACCAACCAACAGAUGCGUCUGGUGCGCUGCCCAUGACCAGUGAAAAUAUUGAUAUGACAUUAGCGUCUAACGAAUUGGUUUUCCUUAAUUUUUAUGCGGAGUGGUGUCGGUUUAGUAAUAUUUUAGCGCCUAUUUUCAAUGAAGCGGCGGAUAAGAUCAAAGCGGAAUUCCCCGAAGCUGGGAAAGUUGUGCUAGGAAAAGUGGAUUGCGAUCGUGAAACGGCGAUUGCGUCCCGAUUCCACAUCAGUAAAUAUCCCACAUUAAAGAUUGUCCGCAAUGGACAGCUGAGCAAGCGUGAGUACCGAGGUCAGCGCUCGGCAGAGGCAUUCUUGGAGUUUGUCAAGAAGCAAUUGGAGGAUCCUAUUAAAGAGUUUAAAUCUUUGAAAGACUUGGAGAUUCUUGAUUCCAAGAAGCGUAGCAUUAUAGGCUAUUUCGAUCGCCGAGAUCAGCCCGAAUACGACAUAUUCCGCAAGGUUGCAACCAACCUCAAGGAAGAUUGUCAAUUCCAUGUCGGAUUUGGCGAUGCCUCUCAGGCAAUGCAUCCACCAGGCACACCCAUUAUUGUGUUCAGACCGGAUGUCGCCCUAUCUCACGACAACGAUGAAACCUAUACCGGCAGCUUAAGCAAUUUCGAUGAACUCAAGGUUUGGAUCCAGGAGAAAUGUGUACCGCUUGUCAGAGAGAUAACAUUCGAGAGCGCCGAGGAGCUAACGGAAGAAGGGCUGCCGUUCCUGAUUCUGUUCUAUCGUCCCGAUGAUCUGAAUUCCAUUAAAGAUUACAAAGCAAUCAUUGAGCAGCAAUUAUUGGAUGAAAAGCAGAAUGUUAACUUCCUUACUGCGGAUGGUAAACGGUUUGCGCAUCCACUACAUCACUUGGGAAAAUCUGAGGAGGAUCUACCCGUUAUUGCUAUUGACUCGUUCAAGCACAUGUAUCUCUUCCCGCAUUUCAAUGAUAUGUAUACGCCUGGCAAGCUAAAGCAAUUCCUGCAAGAUCUUUACAGUGGGAAACUUCAUAGGGAGUUUCAUUAUGGGCCGGAUCCCUCAAGUAAUGAAGCGCAGUCUGAAAAUGCUAUUAGCGGUAAGGGUACAUCGCCGCCUGAGUCUAAAUUUAAGGAGCUGGGCCCUUCAAAACAUCGCUACACCUUGCUGGAAAAAGAUGAACUGUAAUAUUACAAAUGUAUAUUCAUUUAAAUAUAAUUAUUAAAAUUUUAUAAAAUCCCA